AUGGCGAAGCACCCAAGGAUGAUCUUAUGCUCCAUCCCGGUCAAGCACCUUGACCAGCCUAGCAUAGAAGAUGCAGAACAGCAGGACCUAAUGCAGAUCAACGAGGAUCCUAGCUGGCAAGAACCCAUAAUUGACAACCUAGUGAAUGAAAACUUGCCCCAGGACAAGUCCGAGGCCAAGAAAAUCAAGCAGAAGGCUGCAACAUACUACAUGAAAGGCGAUAUGCUUAUCCGCAUAUCAUACUACGGGCCUCAUCUCACUUGCAUCAAGUACCCGCAAAUGCUCAAGGUUCUCUGCAAAAUACACGAUGGCGAAUGUGGAAAUCACGCUGGAGGCAGGUCGCUUGCUCAGAAGGCUCUCAGCAUCGGCUAUUUCUAG